AGUCUUGCUACAUUAUCAGCUAUUUACUACUUGUUUUAUAUUUUUUCCUUUUAAGUGUUAAAGCUUUUUAAAGAAUGUGGACCAUGUUUUAUAGUUCUUUACAUAUACCACAAAUAAAUGUAUAAUCGGGAUUUAAUUUGAUGAAAUGACUUUACUGAUAUAUAUGCUAGUAGGUACAUGGACAUCUACGGAAGAAAUACAAGAGAUUGGCAUUGCCUCUGAGAAUGUAGACUGGACCUUAAGUGAGGGAAAGAGACUUAUACUUAACUGUGUACCAUUUUGUGAUGUUUGAUUUUCCCAACUACACGCACGUAUUUUUUAAAAUACCAAUGUGAUAAAACUAAUGACAUUACUAACUAUAAAUGGCUGAACUCAAGUAUUUACAAGAAUGGAGUAGAGAAUAUAUUUGUAAUUACUCAAGAAAUGGCCUGAAAAAAAUAUUAUUUCUUCACCCAAAGACAUUAAUGGAUCCUUCUUGCCAGGCCUUCAAAAAAGUGGCAAUUAAAAUGCUGUGUACACACCUUGCUUGGAUCCUGAUUAAAAGCAAACAAACAACAAUAAAAUAAAUUGUGGAGGAAAACAAACAGACUAAGUUUAAAUUAUAUUAAGGAAUUAUUGCUAAGUUUGUUGGUUGUGACAGUGGUAUUGUGGCUAUAUUUUAAAAGUUCUUAUCUAUUAGAGAUACUGAAAUAUUCGGAGGAAACAAUGUAUGAUGUCUAGGAUCUGCUUUAAAAUAUUCCAGAUGUGUUCAUGAAUUGCUUGUUCAAAGACACAAAAAAUUUUAAUGAAAAAAUUUCAGAGACGCGUGGUGGCGCUGCAGGAUAAGAUGAAAAACGGUGCACGGGAUGACUCUGUGGGCUUCGUUAUUCAGGAGAACAGAGAUCAUCCGGUCCACUGAAAAGAGAGGCGUUAAAGGAGCUUCACCUACAGAACCGCUGGAGGGUUGUAUACCUUCCAGGGGGUUCAUAUAGAAAAAUCAGAAAUUCAGCCUUCCAGAAUUAGGGCUGCAGUUUAAAUUUUCCACACAAGUGUUUGCCUGAAGGAACCAUGGAUACCAGAGGGGCGCUUGCUCUGCUGCGGAAAAGGCAAGUCCUGAUUCUCUUUGUUUUGCUGGGAUUGUCUCAGGCGGGUCUUCAAUCUGGGCGCUAUUCAGUGGCAGAGGAAAGGGAAAUUGGCUCCUUUGUGGCCAGUCUGGCAAGGGACCUGGGGCUGAAGGUAGAGGAGCUGUCUUCACGGGAGGCACGGGUAGUGUCUGAUGAUAACAAAAAGCAUUUGUACCUUGAUUUGCUGACCGGGGAUUUGUUCUUAAAUGAGAAACUGGACCGAGAAGAGCUAUGUGGCUCCACUGAGCCCUGUGUGCUGCAUUUUCAAGUGUUAUUGAAAAACCCUUUACAGUUUUUUCGGGCUGAGCUGCACAUCGAAGAUAUAAAUGAUCACUCUCCUACAUUCCUAGACAAGGAAAUACUUUUGAAAAUAUCAGAAAGUACAACAAUUGGAACCACAUUCUUAAUGGAGAGUGCUCAAGAUUUGGACACAGGAAGCAACAGUCUCCAAAACUACACAAUUAGCCCCAAUUCACAUUUCUACGUUAAAAUUAGAGACAGCGGUGAUGGAAAGAUAUACCCAGAGUUGGUCCUGGACAAAGCGUUGGAUCACGAAGAGGAGCCUGAACUCAGAUUAACACUCACAGCGCUGGAUGGCGGGACCCCGCCCAGGUCUGGGACAACCACGGUGUUCAUCAAAGUCUUGGAUAUCAAUGACAACGCCCCUGAGUUUUCUCAGGAGCUGUAUGAAGUGCAGGUCCUGGAGGACACACCCCUUGGCUCCUGGGUUACCACUGUCUCUGCUAAGGAUUCUGAUGCAGGAAAUCAUGGGAAAAUAUCUUAUACAUUCUUCCAUGCAUCGGAAGAUAUUCGUAGAAUAUUUGAAAUCAAUCCAGUAUCUGGGGAAGUGCAUUUGAGAGCACUCUUGGAUUUUGAAGUAACACAAUGCUACACUAUAAAUAUUCAGGCAACAGAUGGUGGGGGUCUUUCAGAAAAAUGCAUUCUUCUGGUUAAAGUAAUGGAUAUAAACGACAAUCGACCGGAAGUGACUAUGUCGUCAAUUACAAACAGAAUACCAGAGAACGCGCCAGAGACGCUUGUUGCUGUUUUUAGUGUCCGAGACCAAGACUCUGGAGAUAAUGGGAGGGUGAUUUGCUCUAUUCAGGAUGACCUACCCUUUAUCCUUAAACCGACCUUCAAGAAUUUCUUCACUCUGGUUACUGAAAAAGCCCUUGACAGAGAGAUGACAGCCGAGUAUAACGUCACCAUCACCGUCACAGAUUUGGGGUCCCCUAGACUGAAAACCCAGCACAAUAUAACUAUAUGGGUCUCAGAUGUCAAUGACAACGCUCCAACUUUCACACAAACCUCCUACACCCUGUUCGUCCGCGAGAACAACAGCCCCGCCCUGCACAUGGGCAGCGUCAGCGCCACAGACAGGGACUCAGGCUCCAACUCCCAAGUCACCUACUCGCUGCUGCCGCCCCAGGACCCGCACCUCCCCCUCGCCUCCUUGGUCUCCAUCAACGCGGACAACGGACACCUCUUCGCCCUCAGGUCGCUGGAUUACGAAGCCCUGCGAGCCUUCGAGUUCCGCGUGGGCGCGACAGACGCAGGCUCCCCGGCGCUGAGCAGCGAGGCGCUGGUGCGCGUGGAGGUCGUGGACGAAAACGACAACUCGCCCUUCGUGCUGUACCCGCUGCAGAACGGCUCUGCGCCCUGCACUGAGCUGGUGCCUAGGGCAGCUGAGGCGGGCUACCUGGUGACCAAGGUGGUGGCGGUGGACAGAGACUCGGGCCAGAACGCCUGGCUGUCCUACCAGCUGCUCAAGGCCACGGAGCCCGGGCUGUUCAGCGUGUGGGCGCACAAUGGCGAGGUGCGCACCGCCAGGCUGCUGAGUGAGCGCGACGCCGCCAAGCACAAGCUAGUCGUGCUGGUCAAGGAUAAUGGUGAACCGCCAAGUUCGGCCAGCGUCACGCUGCACGUGCUCCUGGUGGAUGGCUUCUCGCAGCCCUACCUGCCGCUACCUGAGGUGGCCCCGGACGAGGCUCAGGCAGACUCUCUCACCGUCUACUUGGUCAUUGCGUUGGCGUCGGUCUCGUCGCUCUUCCUGUUCUCGGUGCUCCUGUUCGUCUUGGUGCGGCUGUGCAGAAGGAACAGGGCCGCUUUGGUGGGUCGCUAUCCGGUACCCCAGCGCCACUUUCCGGACCACUUGGUGGACGUCAGCGGCACCGGGACCCUGUCCCACAGCUACCAGUACGAGGUUUGUCUGACGGGAGGUUCUGGGACUAAUGAAUUUAAAUUUCUGAAGCCAAUUAUCCCCAAUCUCUCAGUCCAGGACUCUGGUAGGAAUAUGGGGGAAAGCACCAACUUCCGAAACAGUUUCGGAUUCAAUAUUCAAUAAUUUAUUUAAGCCUUUUAUUAUUCUUGGCAUACAAACUGCUAAUGCUUUUUGCUUAAUCUGUAAUAGAUGUUAGGUUGUACUAUAGUUGCAUGCAUCAUUACCAUUGUUCAUGCAAUCCUUUAGAAAUCUUUAUUAGUGGCUAUAAAGGGAUGGAAAUAUAAUCUCUAUACUUUGUUUUUUGUUAAUUUGGUCGAAAAUGUUAUAUUAAGAAACUGUUGCUCCUGAAAUUAGUGCCCUGAGAUAAUCUUUAAACCUUAACUUUAAACCAAAAACAUCCCUUGAAGUAUUUAAAGCAAACAAUAUUUUAGCUUAUUCGUAAAGAAUGCCUGCCUUGAGCCUUGUGCUCUUUUGAGAAAUCUAUAUGUCAAAUUGACAACAGCAACUUAAAAGGUUAGAUAGGAAGUUUGAGGGACAGUGAGUUUAUGUUAAUGGGGGAGGAACAAUUUAGAAAAGGAGGGUGAGAAUGGUUGCACAACUCAAAGAAUGCAAUCAAUGUCACUGAACUGUACAUGUAGAAAGUGUUGAAUUGAUGUAUGCUGUGCUAUGGAUAUUCUCAAUAACAAUAACAAGCUAUAUAAAAAAGAAACUACUGCUAUUUUUCUUGCGAUAGUGGUAUCGUUAUGCAAGGCAAGGUUCUUAAUUUUUGGAGGUGCGUACUGAAGUAUUUAGGUGUGAAUGUCACUACAUAUGUAAUUUACUUCAUCAAAAAUAUAAAGCAAAAAUUUUUAAAAAUGGUUUUUAAUUUUGUUGGGAAGUAUUUUAUCAUACUAUUCUGUGCUUGGAGCUCUUGUGGAGGAGCGGUUAAGCGCUCAGCUGCUAACCAAAAGGUCAACAGUUAGAAUCCACCAGCCAAUCCUUGGAAACCCUAUAGGGGCAUUUCUACUCUGUCCUACAGGGUCACUAUGAGUCGGAAUCCACUCAAUGAUAGCAGUUUUUUUUUAAUUCUAUGCUUGAAAACUUUUAUCAUAAAAAUGCUACUUUCUAUAUUGGGUAUUAGAGAACCUUUUUGUUGUGGUGGUAUAGUGUUGUUCAAGAGCUCACUUUUUGACAAAAUAAAAGUGACUACACUGAAUUAAUAAUUUGUUAUGCGUGUAAUUUCAAAGAACUACUUUAAUAUUCGUGCCUAUUCCAAAGAAUGUUGAUCUAACAGAAUGCAGAAAUUAUCAAACAAUAUAAUUAAUAUCACACACAAAUCAAGUUUUACUGAAGAUAAUUAAAAAAUGAUUGCAGCAGUACAUCAGCAGGGAGGGAACUGCCAGAAAUUCAAGCUAGAUUUAGACGAGGACAUGGAGCAAGAGAUAACAUUGUUGAUGUCAGAUGGAUCUUGGCUGAAAGCAGAGAAUACCAGAAUGAUGGUUACCUGUGGUUUAUUGACUAUGCAAAGACAUUCAACUGUGUGAACAUAACAAAUUAUUGAUAACUGCAAAGAAUGGGAACUCCAGAACACUUAAUUGUGCUCAUGAGGAACCUCUACAUAGACCAAGAGGCAGUCAUUUGAACAGAACAAGGAGAUACUGCAUAGUUUAAAAUCAGGAAAGGUAUGCAUCAGGGUUGUACUUUUUCACUAUACUUAGUCAAUUUGUGUGCUGACAAGUACCCUGAGAAGCUUGACUAUGUGAAGGAGAAUGAGGCAUCAGGAUUGGAGGAAAAUUCAUUAACAACCUGCGAUAUGCGGAUGACACAACCUUGCUUGCUGAAUGUGAAGAGAACUUAAAGCACCGAUUGAUGAAGAUCCAAGACCACAACCUUCAGUAUAGAUUACAUGUCAACAUAAAGGAAACAAAAAUUCUCACAACUGGACCAAUAAGCAACAUCAUGAUAAAGAGAGAAAAGAUCGACAUUGUCAAGGGUUUCAUUUUACUUGGAUCCACGAUCAAUGCCCAUGGAAGCAGCAGCUGAGAGAAGAGACAUUGCACUGGGCAAAUCUGCUGCAAAAGACUCCUUUAAAGGGUUAGAAAGCAAAGAUGUCACCUUGAGAACUAAGGUGCGCCUGGCCCAAGCCAUGGUAUUUUCAAUUGACUCAUAUGCAUGUGAAAGCUGGACAAUGAAUAAGCAAGACUAAA